UUUCCCCCUGGGUGACACCCUCCCAACUCUGCUAUAUAAAGCCAUCAUGCAGCAGACAAACUCUCACUGCUGUCAUGGCUCAGCGCAGCUCACUGGAUGAGUCUGUCGGCAUUCUCAGCAUCUCUGCAGGCUCUCUCCUGCUGCUGGUGAACAGCUAUGCCAGCACUCCUGAAAAAGACUUCAUCCCCCACACUGCGCUGGGGAUCUUACUCCUCAUCAUUGCUGCCCUGAUAGCUUACACAGGUGUCCGUCACAGUCUGUCCCACUCCCGGCUGUUUUCCACUCUGUGUCUGACCAUCUCUGCGCUGUGGUGUGGGUUGGGUCUGGUCUACAUCCUGAUAGGACAGAGAGUGGUACCAUUCACAGAGCUAAAAUCCUCUUUGAUUCCUGGGCUGGCAGCAUUUACCUUAGCCCUGUUCAUCAUUGGCACUGCAGCCCUCUUUGUGAAGACACCAGUUCUCCUGGUUAUAGCUAUCAGCAUUUCUUUAGCCUGUGCUCAUCAAAUCGCUGCUCUGUCAGAUUCAGACUUCGGUCAGUCUGCCACAGCUGCAAACUACCUCCUUGUUUGUCUUGUGUGUGCCUAUUUUGGCUUUGGGCGUUUGCUGUACACCAUCACACAGGGUAAAGUGAAACCCCCAGGAACAAUCAUGAAAUCUGAAUUGAAAACGGAGCAAAACCAGAGCUGCAGUGAUGUAAUGAGUGUAGGUUUGGUGAUGAACUUGUUAUCUGCCUCUGUAUUAGCCUGUCCCCUGGUAGGCGUGGUCCCCCAACUCUCUGUUGGCCAUGUCCCCUGGCUCUGGACAGCUGGAGUCUUCCAGCUUGGCAUGUGUGUCCUCUGUUACCGAGCAAUGGACACAUUAGCUGCAACUUUCUAUGGUUUUACAUCUCUGCUAAAAUUUGCUGAGGGUUACAGCGCUCUGUUAUCUUUGUACUCCAUUCAGCCGUUCUCCCCGGUUCCCUUCCCUGUUGUCUUUGCGGUUCUUUUCUCUGUCCUGGCGCUGUUCAGCUGUCAGAAGAGCUUGUUGGAUGGCCUCUACCAGUUAUUCUUUGUAGCCUAUUGUAUUUCCAUCGCAGCCCAACCUCAAGGCUUCUUCCAAGGUGGCACUCAGGGUGUACAAGGAGCUAUCUUUGUAGCUUCUGCUGGAGUGCUCUUUGUUACAACAUUCAACAUGGUCUCCAGUACCAAAAUUCCUACUGGGCAGGGACACUUCAAAGCUUUAGUAACCAGAAUUAGCAGUCUUACUCUCAGGGCUCUGGAUAAAGACCGGCAUACACCUCACCUCGGAUACUCCAAAUAUGCAGAUGCAGAAGUGUUGGGCCACGCCUGCAAUGUUCUGGCAGCUUUUGCCAUCACAGCCACGAUUGGGGACAGGAAUCCUCUGACUGUGCUGGUUUUGCCCUGGGCAGUGAUGGCUGGUGGAGUGUUGCAGCUCCUGUGCGGUUCGGUGGCGUUU